GGAAAGAAUUCGAGAAGUACCGAGAUUUAGCGGGAACUGAAAUCAGAAAGCUCUCACUCACUCACCGAGUCAACCGAUUCACCACCACGACAUGCAGCCGAACGUCGUCGUUUUAGACAACGGCGGCGGUCUAAUUAAGGCGGGCCUCGGCGGCGACCGUGACCCAUCCACCAUCAUUCCCAACUGCCUCUACCGCCCACUCUCCUCCAAAAAGUGGAUUCACCCAUCUCCCAUUACCACCACCACCACUACCGCCGUUCCCAUCGACCUCACCUCCGCCCCAGUCCGCCGCCCCAUCGACCGUGGUUACCUCAUCAACCCAGACCUCCAACGCGACAUCUGGGCCCACCUCUUCUCCUCUAUCCUCCACGUUACCCCGGCCCAGUCCUCACUCCUCCUCACCGAACCCCUCUUCACCCUCCCUUCUAUCCAGCGCGCCACCGACGAGCUUGUCUUCGAGGAUUUCAACUUCUCCGCCCUCUACGUCGCCGAUUCCCCUUCUCUGACCCAUCUCUACGAGGCCAGUCGCCGGCCUACGGGCCUCAUCUCCAAGGCCCAAUGUAGCCUUGUCGUUGACUGUGGCUUCUCGUUCACUCACGCUGCUCCGGUGUUCCAGAACUUCACCAUUAACUACGCUGCCAAACGCAUCGAUUUGGGUGGGAAAGCCUUGACCAAUUACCUCAAAGAGCUCGUUUCGUAUCGAUCUAUUAAUGUUAUGGAUGAGACUUUUCUGAUGGACGAUGUGAAAGAGAAGCUCUGCUUUGUCUCCACGGAUGUCUCUCGGGACCUUCAGAUUGCUAAGAAGCCUGGAAAAGAGAACCUCUUUAGGUGUACGUAUGUGCUUCCGGAUGGGAUUGUGCAUACCAAGGGUUUUGUUAAAGACCCAGAUGAAGCGCAGAGAUACAAGUCUUUGAUUGAUGUAGACCAGGCUCAGAAGCUGGGGAUGGACAUGGAUUUGGAUCAGCCUCAAGUUACAGAAAAAAUCGAGGACCGAAAGAAAACCGACUUGAAUAAAAAUGAAUUUGACUUGACUAACGAAAGGUUCCUUGUCCCUGAAAUGAUAUUCCAUCCAGCUGAUUUGGGAAUGAAUCAAGCUGGGUUGGCAGAGUGCAUAGUUCGAGCUGUCAGUUCUUGUCAUCCUCAUCUUCAACCUUUACUAUAUGAAAGCAUUCUUUUAACUGGUGGAAGUACAUUGUUCCCUCGAUUUGCUCAGAGACUGGAGAGGGAGCUACGGCCGCUUGUUCCUGAUGAUUAUCAAGUGAAGAUAACCGCUCAAGAAGAUCCCAUUCUUGGUGUUUGGCGAGGAGGGUCACUUCUGGCUUCUAGUCCUGAUUUUGAAGGAAUGUGUGUCACUAAGGCUGAGUACGAGGAGCUCGGAUCCGCCCGAUGUCGUCGGAGAUUCUUCCAUUGAUUUCAUGUGAAGGAAUCUUUAUCAUCUAAUCGGUGUGGUAUCAAAGUGCUACUCCCUGUCCUUGCCAUCUUAGACCCUCUCACUGAUAAACGCACUUCAAAGUUUGAGAGGGAAUUUCAGUCUUCUCAUAUUGAAGAAGCUCAAGAAAACAAGUGAAUCCAUUGAUGCCUUUUUCUUCGAAGAUGGUCUCAAAGAAAAACGGUAGAACGCCUAACUUUGAUAAUGAAGAGUCUAAUUGAUGGUGUGGCCGAGACCAAAUCAGCAAUAUGCAAUUAGCAGGGAGGAAAAUGUGUCAUGUUUAUUCUACUUUGUUAUGUUCAUACAAAGAAAGAAAGAAAUUUUAGUUGAUUAGCAUUGUUCUUACUUUACUAUGAUGGAGUACAGUUAAGAGUUGGCAACAAAAGAAACAUUAUUGAGUAUCA